GCUGGACCAGACACACAGAGAGUGAGAGAAAGACAACUAGGACACAUUUAAUAUACUCUAGGUGGCAAAAUGGCCUGUAGACUGUCCAUUACAGAGGAGGAUUUAUACUGCCCUAUCUGCUGUGACAUCUUCAGAGAUCCAGUUCUCUUAGCCUGCUCUCACAGCAUCUGUAACGGCUGUGUGAAAACCUUCUGGAAUCGGCGAGGAACUCAAGAGUGUCCCAUCUGCAGAAUUGUGUCCUCCAAACCCAUUCCCGAUCCACCCAUAAACAUUGUGCUGAGAAACAUGUGUGAUUUGAUAAGAGAAGAAACAACUCAGGACCUUCCCGUAGAGACGACGGGGUUCUGUAGACUUCAUGGAGAACUUCUUACUUUCUUCUGCGCUGAAGAUCAAGAACUAGUUUGUGGAAAAUGCAGAAAUGCAUUACAUAAGAACCACCGCAUCCGUUCAACAACAGACGCAUCACAGGACCUCAGGUAUGAGCUCCAGCAGAAACUAAAGGCCUUUCUGGAGAAACUUGGAGUCUAUGAACGAUUUAAACAGUCCUGGGAUGAAACAGCGGAGUACAUUAAGAGGCAGAGCCAGCACACAGAGACUCAAAUUAAGGAGGCGUUUGAAAAGCUUCACCAGUUUCUAGAAAAUGAAGAAGCUGCCAGCCUGACGGCACUGAGGAGAGAAGACAAGCAGAAGAGUGAGAUCAUUAAAAAGAAGAUCGAGGAGAUUACAUCAGGGAUGUUAUCUCUCUCACAUAUUAUUGAGUCCAUCGAGGAUCAACUGAGAAGGAAUGACUUCACAUUUCUAGUGAACUACAAGACUGCAAUUGAAAGAACAAAGUGUACUCUGCGGGAUCAAACCAGACCUUCAGGAAUGCUCAUCGAUGUUGCCAAACAUGUGGGUAACAUAACCUAUGUAGUGUCAAAAAAACUACAAGCCAACAUUCGUUACACCCCAGUAACCCUUGACCCCAACACCGCCCAUCCUUAUCUGACCGUGUCGGAUGAUCUGACUACUAUAACUUACACUGAUGAGCACUUCCAACAGCUUCCAGCAAACCCGGAGAGAUUUGACGGCUACACAAGCAUUCUUGGUUCUGAGGGCUUUGACUCAGGGUCUCACUGCUGGGACAUCGAGGUGGGCGACAGCACUGCCUGGGCCGUGGGGGUGAUCACAGAGUCCGCAUACAAACUCAGACAGAACCCCUCCAAGACGGGCUUGUGGUAUGUGGGCUUCUGCAAUGGUAAAUACGGGAAGGGCUAUUCUCCAGAGAUCCUGACCCUUCUACGGGUGAGCCAGAGAAUUCAGAGGAUCAGGGUGCAGCUCGACUGGGACAAGGGAAAAGUCAUUUUCACAGACUCAGGCCAUAAUAUUGGUUUACAUGUGUUUAAACACGCAUUCACUGAGAAAGUAUUCCCUUACUUUUAUAAUCACUGUAUGCAACAUCCGUUGAGGAUCAUACCAGUAAAGAAAACUGUGGAAGCACACAUUUAGAGCCAAUACAACUUGAAACUGGUGAAGUUAAGUUGAUAGGCUUACUGUGAUAUCAGUUCAGUUAAUCCAAAGGAGACAGUAGCAUGAGAAGUACAGUACAGCAAUACAACAUUAUGACAUCUCUGCAAUAUUCAAGCCAUCUACAAAAACACUAUUUUAACCAGAAUCAUUGUUGUUGUUUUUUGGAGUAAUGCAUGCUUACAAGUA